AUGGGGCAGCAUGAUGUUACGCGUGGGUGGGGGCGUGACAUGCUUAUCUUUGGUAAGCCCGUGGGUACCCAGUUUUCUGGAAGUCUCAUGCCUAUGGGUACCAGCUUUCUGCUGCAGUCUCGUAGUAGGGCCGAAGUAUUUUGUUUAAGAAAAUCUUUUCAAACGAAUACGCAAGAAUAUUUGUUUAACUGA